GUCUGUCGGCUGGAUGGCGGCAAAGAACCACAACAUAUUUGGUUUAUUUCAUAUUUACAUUUGCAAGAUCAGGUUUUGUACAGUAUGGGAAAUCUAUUCUAUUCUUACCAAUGUCUUUUUGGUUGGCUUUUUUUUUUUUUUUUUUUUUUUUUUUCUUCUUCUGUGUGGUUGGUUUUGUUUUUGAUCAGUUCUGUCUCUGUUCGAUUCUCUGCUCCUGCCUUUCCUUCACCAGGUGGAAUGAGGGUAGUUGUGCGAGUCACCACUCUUGAAAAGUACUGCUGCAUUGGCAUGCUGAUAGAAAUAAUUGCAUCGGUAUAUAGAUAUAUCUAACGUGUUUCUUUAAUUACUGUUAUUUCUCACUACGCGAUAACGGUAUUGAUUUGUAGAU